AGCAACACUUGGUAACGAAGCCAUUUUGUGGUGUCGCAGUGCAGUGAAUUGUUCUUCAUCAAUUUUUGUCUAUUUUACAUGGGAGUAUUACUUUUUGUUGUGAUACAGAAAUUAAGCAUAAUAAAUAAAUAAUUUUGUUUAGGUUAAAUUAGGGUUUAUACUUUAGUAAAAUGGAGCAGGAUGUGGAUACUGGAUGCAGGCCAAUGUGUAGUGCUUGUUUAAGUUCCGAUCGAGAUUUAUUUGAGCUAAAUAGUUCUACACAAGUUUACCAAAUAUUCCGGUUGUUGAUGUAUGAUUUCGCGGGCGACCGGUUUGGAGAAUCCCUCCCGGAGACCGCACAAGUGAUCUGCUGGGAGUGCUUGGCCCUCAUGAAGAGGUUCCUCAAGUUCAAAUGGCAGGUGCACAGUGCACAGGAGCACCUCAGAGUGCUAGCUCUGAGUCGGACGCAGGAGAGUCUAGACCACACAUACAUGUCUCAGUCCCUUUCCUGUCUCGAAGUCUCGACAAAGACGGAAUAUGAUAAGAUAUACUUUGACUACUCAACACCGCUUGAUGAAAAGCAGUACAUAAUAAGUAGUAACGUGAAAGACGAACAUUAUGAUGUGUCUCAAGUUGUAAGAGAUAAUAUUAGUCUGGAUAUCGAUGAACAUAUAUUGGAAGUGCCAGAAAUAGUUCUCGAGAAUCCGGUGACUGGUGUCAUGUCACACAUAGUGGUUGGUACUGAUGCCCUAGUGUCUUCCAAUCCGACUCGGAUCAAUGGGGAAAUGCCGACUCUUACUAUAGGACCAGUGAGCUCUACAAACAUAGAAUCAGUGAUUAUGUGUCAAAAAAACAAGCCAAAAUCGGUAAAGGAUGAGGCGAAAUUAGGAUACACUACGGAAUACAUGAGCGAAGCAGAGAUGUUGGCGUGCAGAGAAGAAGCAAAAUUAAAAGUGCAGUACGCCAGUUCGGUUUACAAGUGCGAGCUCUGUAUAAUCGGGUUCUACACGCAACAGCAAGUUGAAGACCAUUUCGUGUCCAUGCAUAGAGCUAAACCCGGUCAAGUGGCGUGCAAGGUGUGCUACAUAUUCGUGGACGAGGCUAAGCUGUCCUCGCACAGCAGCUCGCACUACACGCGCUACAGCUGCCGGCAGUGCGGCCGCCGCGAGCUGUGUGCCACGCGCAUGCAGCAGCAUGUGCGGGGACACGCGGGGGCCAUCAGCAUCGGGGGGGCCGCCGCCAGCAAGUCUCGAAAGAAAAAGGACAAAGAAACUAAAACGCCACCUGAACCAAGUCAGCUUCGGAAGCUGUUGUCCAAGACUACGAUAGAGGGGUACCAGUGUCUCGAAUGCGAUAUGUUUUUCAAAAACUCCCGCGCUAGAAAAAACCACGUGGCAAGGUUCCAUAGAGAGGGGCUACAGUGUGACCAUUGUAAAAAAAGAUUCGUGAAUAGAACCACUCUGGCAACGCAUUUAAGAUUACACGAAGGCCCAUUACCUCGAGAGGAAUGUCCUAUCUGCAACAAGAUGGUUCGCGUUAUACAACUGAAGUACCACAUACAGAGGCAUCAGAAUAAGAGUUGUUAUGAGUGCGCUGAGUGUAACAAGACGUUCUCACAUCUCGCUACGUAUCAGGCGCAUUUCAAGUAUUCCAGGGCGCAUGCUGAUGAUCAGGUUUUCAAAUUUCCGUGUCCGAUGUGCAACAAAGGCUAUCAAACUAAGGAAGCGAUGCAAGACCACUUUAACUACCAACAUCUCGGCAAGACAGUGCAUAAGUGUCCGGUUUGUGAUAAGCCGAUAGCGUCGCGAGCUAACGUGGAAAAGCAUAUGAUGCGAGUCCACGGACAGAAGAAGGAGAAACCGAGGAACCAUGUCUGCCAAGUGUGCGGGAAAGCUUUCACCGAUAAGAAGGCUCUAACCCAACACGAAGUUAUCCACUCUGGCGAGCGACCGCUCUCGUGCGAUAUCUGCCAACAGACGUUCAAACAGAAAGCGUCGCUCUACACGCACAGGAAGCGCGUGCAUAAGGUGUUCCCGGCUAAGCGCCUGGUAGAGUUCAUGGAUGCCAAGCAUUAAGGUGUUGUCCAGUGUUGGGCAAAGAGGAAAUGUCGAAAUACGCGAAAAGUGUGUGCAGAAAGUGUUCCCCGUCAAAUGUUUGGAUGGGCUCUUGUUGCCCACAUCUGGGCAAAGAGGAAGCUUCGCUCUUCAUGUGUAGGAAGCGCGUUAGUGUGUUGCCCGCCUCUGGGAAAAAAAAAAGCGUUACUUGACACGUAUAGAAGGUACGUACAUAAAGUGUUCUCCGUCAACGACUGUUCGUGCUCAUGAAUGCGAAGCGCUAAUGUUGCCCACUGCUGGGCAAAGAAAAUGUCGCUCUAAACGUAUAGAAAGUGUGCUCUUGUUGAAAAUGUUCUUCAACAAAGGACUGGUCAUAUUCAUGAUUGACAAUCAUUAGUGUGUUGCCCACUAUUGCGCAAAAACAUGUUGAUACAGAUAAGUGAAAUAUAUAAGUGUAUAACCAUAAAACAGAAAUAGUUAUAAAGUGGCGUUAAGACUUCGCGAGUGUGUCAAUAUUAGGAGGUAACGAUCAACCUUGGAUGCCAAGCAUUAAUCGGAUGAGUGUGUGUUCAAUGUGUAAGGUUUUUAUAUAAUGUUAUAUAUAUAGAAAAGUUAUGAAAUUGUCAUAAAACGGUAAAGUAAGAGGAUUCGCGACACUCAAUGGUCCCGUACAAGUAGAGUAUUUGACAAAAAUAACUGUUUAGUUCCUAUAGACAGAUUUUCAAAAAAUAUUGGAUUCGUAUUUUUGUUUUUAUCUCGUAAACAAUUGAGGAAAUACAGAGAUUUUAAAUCUCGAGUGACGUCACAUACCAGUACGCUUUUUACUAGCAAGUGAUGUUUUUAGCCAUUUUCCCUAGCCUGUAUCCAUUUCAAUUUUGGUUUACAAAUAAAAUAAACAAAUGUAUCGAAUAUUUUUUGGAAAUCUGUCUGAUGGACUAUACAGAUUUUUUUGUCGAAUACCCUAUUUCAGCAGAUUAUAUAGACAUAUUAUUAUGUGUUAUAAAUGAGUGACUUAAUAUAGUUAGAAUAUACGCCAUAUAGUCAAAAAAUAUUUGUCGCUUUUAGGGCGCACGCGGCCUGAAAUCGCAAAUGAUAGAGGUCUGAAAUAAAUAAAAAUAAGAAUAAAUAAACAGGUUAUAUAAAAAGAAAAACUCCUGAAAUAAAGGAUAAUUUAUUAACAAUAA